UCUGUCACCUGCUGUCUCGGUUGAGAUCGUGGUUAAGACCCUGUGGACCGGGCUGGCUCGAGUGUCACUAAUCGAAGACAAAAGGGCGUGCCCUUUCUCAACCCCUCUGCUCAUUUCCAGAGUCGUCCGCCCCCAACCCCUCGUGGUCCUCCUCCCUGGCGCUGGCUGGUUUUUCCCCACCUCCAUCCCAAAAGUUCUCCCACCUCGCCUGGGUUCUCGGACUUGGUCGCCUCCCUCUCUCCUUCUCUCCCUCCCUCCUGCCUCCCUUCCUUCCUUCCCCGAGCCCCGAGGCCGCGACCCGCCCCGUGGAGAGGGUGUGACCCAGAGUCGGGCUGGGAGGCGCCGGCCCCCGGGGCACCGCCCGCUGCGCCUAGCCGAGCCUCCUCUGCGGCUUAGCCUCUCGGGCCGAGCCGCGUGCGCCCGCGCCCCGGGGGCUCCUCCGCAGCCGCGCGCCGGGAGCCCCGCGCUCCCGAAGCUCGCGCCCCGCAGCCCGCCCGCCGGCCAUGAGGGCGCCCUCUUACCGCUGCCACAACACCACGUCGGUGGAGAAGGGCAACUCGGCGACGAUGGGCAGCGUGCUCUUCAGCGCGGGCCUCCUGGGCAACCUGCUGGCGCUGGGGCUGCUGGCGCGCUCGGGGCUGGGCUCGUGCCCGCCGCGGCCGUCGCGCCCGCCGCCCUCGGUCUUCUACGUGCUGGUGUGCGGCCUGACGGUGACCGACUUGCUGGGCAAAUGCCUCGUGAGCCCGGUGGUGCUGACCGCUUACGCGCAGAACCGGAGCCUGUGGGGGCUGAUGCCCGUGCCCGGAGACUCGCUGUGCCAGGCCUUCGCCUUCUGCAUGUCCUUCUUCGGGCUCGCCUCGACGCUGCAGCUCCUGGCCAUGGCGCUCGAGUGCUGGCUGUCCCUGGGGCACCCCUUCUUCUACCGACGCCACAUCACCGUGCGCCGGGGCGCGCUGGUGGCGCCCGUCGUGGGCGUCUUCUGCCUGGCUUUCUGCGCGCUGCCCUUGGCGGGCUUCGGGCGCUUCGUGCAGUACUGCCCCGGCACCUGGUGCUUCAUCCAAAUGGUCCACGACGACAGCUCCUUGGCCGUGCUGGGCUACUCCGUGCUCUACUCCAGCCUCAUGGCGUUGCUCGUGCUGGCCAUCGUGCUGUGCAACCUGGGCGCCAUGCGCAACCUCUACACCAUGCACCAGCGCCUGCGCCGGCACGCGCGCUCCGGCCCCAGGGAGCGCGCCGGGCCGGGCGCCGGCGAGCGCGGGGCGUCUCCGCACCCCUUGGAGGAGCUGGAUCACCUCCUGCUGCUGGCCCUCAUGACGGUGCUCUUCUCCAUGUGCUCGCUGCCGUUGAUUGCGGAGUGGACAGUGAGAGAGAGAGACAGAGAGAGAAAGGUCUUCCUUUGCCGCUGGUUCACCCUCCAAUGGCCGCCGCUGCAGCCGGCGCACCGCGCUGAUCCUGGCAGGAGCCAGGAGACAGUAUCGUGCAUACUCCGGCGCUUUCAAGGCGGUGGACAGGCGCUCUCAAGAGGCCGACGACCUCCAGGCCCUGCGCUUCCUCUCUGUGAUCUCCAUCGUGGACCCUUGGAUUUUCAUCAUUUUCAGAACUCCAGUAUUUCGCAUGUUUUUGCACAAGAUCUUCAUAAGACCUCUUCAGUACGGAAAUUGGCCCAGCAGUUCAUGCCGAUCUCACACGGAAUCCAGCCUGUGACUGGGUCGGGCACUCCCUGGUAAGCUGAAGCGGAGACCACAUAUUCCAUCAAAGAACCAUAGUGGUUUUUGUUUCUGUGUUUGAAUCUUAAAAUUUAAAUCGUAAAAGUUGUUUCCCAUAACAGAAGCAUCUAAAACUGUAUUCCCAAAAGUAUUGACUGUGUCUUAACAAUAUGCCAUCAUUCUCUAUUCAUGGACCAAUUUGAUGCAUUUUUUCCUUUCCUGUUAUCAGCAGUGACUAGAAGUUAGCAUGUUGCAACAAUGUUAAACGUCUUAAAGCAAUGGUAGUAAUCCUCCCAAUAUUUGAACUUGAAGUCUUAAGACCUAGUCUCUGUUUAGACACAGUGGAAACACAAUUGGUUACACUUGUCUGAUCGAGGUUCUUAAGAAGAAAUGGUUUCUUACCCGAUGCAUUUUCAUGGUUUGGUUAUUUCACAUCAUCCUGGUUCCUGCUUAGUUCUUUUCUUUGAUGAUUGUUCUACGUCAGUCCUGGAUCCUAGAUGCUUCUCAGGAGAGUGAGGCAGGAAACAUGGCCAGGUCAAGCAUUCAGAGUCAUGGGGAGGGGGUGGGGAUUCUAUAAGCAGAUGUCAAGCAAGAUGUGACGAUGGCCCACAAACUCAGAGAAGAAAAAAAAAGGGUCUUGGGGUUCCCAGUGCCCGACACGCUGCAACUCUGAAGUGGAGAGCUUGCCACGUGCACCGCCCGGGGGCCUGCAGCCUGCAAUCUCUUCCGAAGACUGACUAUUUACCUGUGCUGAGAGCAGCAACCUCGUUUUUUUUCCACCUCUGGUUUUGCCAAUAUCUCAGAGAUGGUGUUUAUCAGGACAUAUAUAUAUAUAUAUAUAUGUAUACAUGUAUUUAUAUAUAAUUUCUUGUGUAGCGCAACUGUGAAAAAGUCAAAUUAGGAAUACCGGACGUAUACUGCAAGAAUAUGACAUAAUGAAAAAUGCAUAUGUUCUCAAAGUUUGACGUUCAGUGGUAUGUUUACUGUGUAAGUGCAUGUGUGUCUUACUGUCAGAGAAGUCCAUUUUUGUGCCCUCUGUCCGGAAGGUGUGUUAAGAUACAUGUCCAGAUUAUCUGAAAAGACCUCAAAUGAAUCAAUAAACACAAUUUCAAAAUUGUAGAGGAAAUUUCUUUUCUUCAAGUGAAAGAGAUCUGUUGUUUACAUUUCUGUUUUCUUUUUCCAUUGGCUUUUUUUUUUUGAGAGGCAGAAAGAAAACAGAGACAGAACGCUCCCCUCUGUCGGUUCGUUCCGCAAACGGCACAAUGGCUGGGCCUGGCUAGGGCCAGAGCCAGGGGCUAGUAAUGCGACCCAGGUCUCCCACAAGGGAUUCAGGAACCAGCUGUGGUCUGCAGGGACAGAAGCCGGAGCCCAGAACGGGAGCUGAGCCCAGGCUCUCCACUGGAGGGCGCGGGCAUUCUAAGCACCUGGCUAAAUACCUGCUCCUUUGGUUUUCUUUUCAUUUUAAGAUUUAUUUAUUUGAAAAGCAGAGCGACACAGAGAAGGAGAGAGAGAUCUUCCAUCCAG